GAUUGCUAGUAAUACAUAAUUUUCAAUAUUGUGAUAAUAAUAAAUAAUUAAAAAGUAAUUUUUAUAUUUGCUAAAAUUCAUAUAUUGUUACGCAUAAUAUAAUAAAUUGUAAAUUUUAAAUAGUUAAACUAAUUGAGUAAUUUUUGUACCAAAAUGAUUAUGCAUGAUAUAUAUUUAUAAUGAGAUAUUUUAGUUCGGAGAUUUUUUUUCAUGAUAUUUUUUUGCUGAGAUUUUUUCGUCCAAGACGUUAUUUCUGAGAUCAUAUGAGGGGGAGCCCAAAAAAAUAUCCAACAUAUAAGUACAUGACAUAAACAUUUAUACCAAAAUUAUUUGUUUAUGUAUGUGGUAAAAUCUUUAAUAAAAGUAUGCAUCUAUUAUUUUGAACACGUAAGUAUUUAAAUGCUUAACCUUUUAAAAUAAAAUUACUUCAUAUAAAAAUUUGGGUUAUUUUUUUUUUUUUAAAUAAAUUUACUACACUUGAGGUAUUAAAAAUAUCUUCUAUUAUGACAAUCCAAGAUAACUACAUUGAACUUUAAAACUAAUAAUUGAUAUUUCAAUAAAUUAAUCAUAAAAUUCAAAUGGUCUUGAUAUUUUUUUUUACUUCUUUGUUUAAUCUAUUUAUAUCAUCGUAUUUUUAGUAUGAAUCAAAAAUAUGUCUUAGUCAGAUGGUGUGGUGGUUCUUAUGAUAAGACAUACACUACUGACAUACCGAUUGAAUGGAUCCGUGGGUUUAGUUAUGAAGCCUAUAAAGAAGACGACUUCGAUUUUCAAGAAGUAUAUACUAUCGAGUGGCGAGAUACAACAAAAUGCCCAAGAGAAGGAUGAAAGUUGUAUGAUGCCUAUGUCAUAACUGUUUCUGGUAACAUUUUAAUUAAUUACAACGUCUAAAAAUUUUGCGUUAGAUUCUUUUAUGUAUUAAGACUAUUGUAUUGAAAUUUUAUGAAAAGAUAAAAGAAAACUAGAACAUUUUCUCAUUAAAAAAAAAAGUUUUGGCUCAAAAACUGCAGGUAUUGGACGAAUUAAAUACUCCUUCGAAAAGAUUAUCUUUAGACGAAAUAAAUACGCAAGCUUUUGACAGAAAAUCAAUAAAAAAAAAUAGUUCAAUAUCCAAAAGUGUGAAAUCUAAUGAUAAACCAACUGCUUCGAAACUCAAGCGUAGCCACGAAACUGCGGCACUCCAUUUUGAUAAUUUGAACGCCAAAGAAUCAGACAGAAAAUUUAUGAAACAACUUCGAAUAAGUACUACAAAUAAUCAAAACGAUGCAUUAUCUGCUGCGAAUAAAAUAAAAACCAGCGGUGAAGUAUUUAGAAAGCAAAUGAGGUUUGGAAUGAUAUAGAAAAAAAUAUGAAAACAUCAGAUGACGAUGUUUUGUCAGACGUACUUAAUAGAGUUAUUGGCUGUUGAUGCGACAAAUGAUGAAAACUUAGAACCAAAAGCUAAUUCUGAGCAAUUGUUAAGUCUGGUAUCUAACAAAGAUCUCAUGAAAAAACUGAAUAUUACCAGCUAUGACAAUUUUUAUGUUAAAAAAUUACUUCAACAAAUAAAAAGUAUUGAUGAUGAUCACAGUUCGAAACCAAAAACAUCGUCAGAAACCGGUAAACCAUUCAAAAAAGGCGAAUUUUACGUGGGACGAAUUGAAAUUGGAAAGCCUGGAAGCGGAAUUAAACUCGAUGAGUUACAAUGGGUCACGGCCCUAUCAAAAAAUUUACCUGCGCAUAUGGUAAAAAGCUUAUUGCCAUGUUUAUUCAAUCUAGAAGUUCUCCUUGAUAGCAAUUACAAGGGUGGAGCACCUAAAAAUAAGACAGCAGGAGACAAUACUGUUCAAAGAAAAGGUUUAGAUCCUAAGAUUAUAGAAGCUUUGAAAUAUACAAUAAAUAAAACUUAUCCACGGCAAAUGAAUGAUUCUGCAUUUGGUCAAGCUGUUAACAGUAAAAUUACAUCUCUUCGAUAUCAAGUUAGUCAACAAGUUGAUAAUAAACAAACAAAUGUAUCCACCGAUGAUUAAAAACAAAAAGACCAACCAUUUUUUUUUUAUUGAUAUUUUUUUUUCUAAUAAUAAGCUUCCGUCUUUAAUUUUCAAUUAUUUAAAUUAGGUCUGUAUUAGUUUAGUUCAUUUUUCUUCAAUUUAACAUAUUAAGGUCAUUUGAAA